AUGACCGAUUCCCUCCCUGUUCUACAUGAAUGGUAUGAGGCAGGUGACCUUCACAUUGGUGGGAUUGCUUCGCAUAUCAUUUACCCUCUCUAUGAAGUCUCCUUCAGAGAACAGCCAUCACAGCAGCUCUUUGACACAGCAUUUUUGGUGACAAAGUUCUAUCAGCACAUCCUGGCCUUGGCAUUUGCUGUGAAAGAGAUAAAUGAGAAUCCCAGGAUCUUGCCUAAUGUCACACUUGGGUUCCAUAUCUAUGACAGCUACAACAAUGCAAAGAUGACCUACCAUAGCACUCUUGAACUCCUCUUCAAAUCCUCUAAGUUUGUCCCCAACUACAAAUGUGACAGCCAAAAAAAUCUCCUAAGCAUCAUUGGAGGAUUGGGCUCUGAUACCUCUUUCCAAAUGGCUGAGAUCAUAGGCCACUACAAGAUUCCACAGAUGCACUCAUAUCUUCAAGACACUUCCUUUAAUAACUCAGCUGGAGAGACAGUGUUCUUUAAUGAAAAGGGGGAAUGGGGUGGUGGAUUUGACAUAAUGAACAUGAUCAUGUUUCCAAACAAUUCUUUCCUUCGGUUGAAAGUUGGAAGGGUGGAGGAUCCUAGAGCUCUGGAAGACAAUGAAUUCAUGAUCAAUGAAGAUCGAAUUGUUUGGCACACAAGCUUUAACAAGGUGCCUCCCCUUUCUCUGUGUAAUGAUCACUGCCAGCCUGGUUAUCAGAAGAAAACGAAGGACGGAGAACAAUUUUGCUGCUAUGAUUGCCUUCCAUGUCCAGAAGGGAAGGUUUCAAACCAGAUUGAUAUUGAUGACUGUUUCAGAUGCCCAGAGGAAGAGCAUGCAAGCAAAGACAGAAAUGAUUGCAUCCCUAAGACAAUAACCUUUCUAUCUUACCAAGAGCGUUUAGGGACUAGUUCAGCCAUGAUUGCUGUUUCCUUUUCCCUGACCUCAGCCUGGGUGUUGGGAACUUUUAUUCAGCACAGAGACACUCCUAUAGUCAAAGCCAACAACCGGGACCUCACAUACACGCUGCUCAUCUCCCUCCUGCUCUGCUUCCUCUCUACAUUGCUCUUUCUUGGAAGACCUAACACAGUGACCUGCCUCCUCCAACAACCGACUUUUGGCAUUGUCUUCUCAAUGGCUGUUUCUUGUGUGUUAGCCAAAACCAUCACCGUGGUUGUAGCUUUCAUGGCUACCAAACCAGGGUCCAAGCUGAGGAAGUGGGUGGGGAAAAAACUGAGCAACUCCAUUGUCCUUUCCUGCACUGUUAUCCAAGCAAGUCUUUGUACUGUAUGGCUGACCACUGCUCCCUCAUUCCCUGAUUUAGACAUGAACUCCGUAGCAGAGCAAAUCAUUGUGCAAUGUAAUGAAGGCUCCGUUUCAAUGUUUUACUCCGUCCUGGGCUACUUGGGCCUCUUGGCUAUUGCCAGCUUCAUUGUGGCAUUCUUAGCCCGCAAAUUACCAGAUACGUUUAAUGAAGCCAAGUUCAUUACAUUCAGCAUGUUGCUCUUUUGCAGUGUUUGGUUGUCCUUUGUUCCAACCUAUCUGAGCACCAAAGGGAAGUAUAUGGUAGUGGUGGAGAUCUUCUCCAUCCUGUCCUCCAGUGCUGGGUUAUUGGGCUGCAUCUUUGCCCCUAAGUGCUACAUCAUAAUGCUGAGGCCUCACAUGAAUUGCAGAGAGCAACUCAUAAGGAGAAAGAAUUGA